AUGUACGGGCUCCUUCUAGAGAACAUGGCGGAGUACAUCCGCCAAACGUACGGCGAAGAGCGCUGGGAGGACAUUCGGAGGCAGGCGGGGGUCGAACAGCCCUCCUUCUCCGUGCACCAAGUAUACCCGGAGAAUCUGAUCACACGACUCGCGAAGAAGGCACAAGAGGUUCUCGGCAUAACAGAACGCGAAUUCAUGGAUCAAAUGGGUGUUUAUUUCGUCGGUUUCGUAUCACAAUACGGCUAUGACAGAGUGCUAUCAGUACUGGGCCGGCACAUGAGGGAUUUUCUAAAUGGCUUGGACAAUUUACACGAAUAUUUGAAGUUCAGUUAUCCAAGGAUGAGGGCGCCCAGUUUUAUAUGUGAGAACGAAACGCGGCAGGGUUUGACAUUACAUUAUAGGUCGAAACGGAGAGGCUUUGUGUACUAUGCGAUGGGACAGAUAAGAGAGGUAGCUCGUCACUUCUACCACAAAGAAAUGCGUAUCGAGUUACUCCGAGAGGAACUACUCUUCGACACGGUCCACGUGACGUUCCAACUAACGUUCGACAACCGAGCGUUCACACUCGCGUCUCUAGCUAUGACCAGGGAAGAGAAACAUCUGCCAAUCAGCGCGUCUGUGCUGUUCGAGAUAUUCCCGUUUUGUAUUGUUUUUGGUUCAGACAUGAUAGUCCGAAGUAUAGGAAACUCGUUAAUGGUGAUACUACCAGAUUUAGUGGGAAAGAAAAUAACUAACUGGUUUGAUCUGGUUCGACCGCUUAUUGCUUUUAAAUUCCAAACAAUAUUAAACAGAACGAAUAACAUAUUCGAGUUGGUAACCGUAGAGGCAGUUAUGCAUGAAAAAGCCCCAGACAGAAGGAAUGAGCUCAUACGACUGUCUGACGAGUCUGAUUGUACCACUGAAAAAAAUCUACGGUUGAAAGGACAAAUGAUAUACAUGGAUAAUUGGCGCAUGAUGAUGUACCUGGGUACUCCUGUGAUGCCUGACUUGGCUGCACUGGUUUCUACAGGACUGUAUAUUAAUGAUCUCUCUAUGCACGAUUUUAGCAGAGAUCUCAUGUUAGCCGGAACACAACAGUCUGUAGAGCUCAAACUAGCGUUGGACCAGGAGCAGCAGAAAAGCAAGAAGUUAGAGGAAUCUAUGAGGAAAUUAGACGAAGAAAUGAAGAGGACUGAUGAGUUGUUGUAUCAGAUGAUACCGAAGCAGGUUGCUGAUAGAUUACGGAAUGGAGAAAAUCCGAUUGACACUUGUGAGAUGUUCGACAGCGUAUCCAUUCUGUUCUCCGACGUAGUCACAUUCACGGAGAUAUGUUCCCGAAUCACUCCAAUGGAGGUGGUGUCUAUGCUGAACGCUAUGUACUCCAUCUUUGAUACAUUGACUGAGAGGAACAGGGUUUAUAAGGUGGAAACAAUAGGAGACGCUUACAUGGUAGUAUCAGGAGCUCCAGAGAAGGAAGAUAAUCAUGCUGAAAAAGUUUGCGAUAUGGCCCUUGAUAUGGUAGACGCUAUCACAGACUUGAAGGACCCUAGUACAGGGUCCCAUUUAUCAAUCCGCGUAGGCGUACACUCAGGGGCAGUAGUAGCCGGUAUAGUAGGGCUUAAAAUGCCUCGCUACUGCCUCUUUGGUGACUCAGUGAACACAGCAUCCAGAAUGGAGUCCACUUCUGAAGCCAUGAGGAUACAUAUCUCGCAAACUACAAGGGAAUUAUUAUCUCCAUCUUAUAAGGUCACUGAGAGAGGCGAGAUCCAAGUUAAAGGGAAAGGCGCAAUGAAAACGUACUGGCUGGAAGGUCGCGAAUCCCGCCCGUCCCUCACCAAGGUAAUAUCACCCCAAAUACAACCGGGACAAGAGCUAGAAUGGGAACGCGCGGCCGACGUGCGAGACAGUAUCGCAGAACAUUCCGCGCAACAGUUCAACAAGGACCUACUAAAGGAAUCUUUAAGUUUCCACGCAGGCAAUUCUGCGCCUAAUUCCCUUGUGAAUAGCGCCGGGAAUCUCAUGAAGUCGCCGCCGACGGUGACGUCACCGGCGGAAGAGAGACGCAUGUACUCGCCGGUCACGUUCCAAGAUGUUGCCAGGCGGAGUAUCGCUAAUUCGCCGAAUAGAACGGAAAAGGAUAAAGAAUUCCGUCCGUUUCCUGAAUCGCGAUCCACAUCAGCGAGUAUGGGCGGCGUGUGGACGGACGCGGAGUCGCACGACCCACAACGGACUUUAGAUAGCUUGAAUUCGUCUUUUUGUUACAGUUCGACGUCCCCUUGCAGAGUCGGCACGGCGCCGCCGCUCAAGGACCGAGACAACAAUUUCUUUACUGAAAAUAUUCGCAGCAUCCCUCUCUCCCCACCGAACUCAGCGCCCAUAAUAAACGAUACUCCCUACACAAACACGCAAGUACAAACCACCGUCACACCUGUGAGGACCGCUUCACAUAGUGGAGAUGAAAUAGAGACAGAUACGGAAUACCAAGACGCACAUACAGACAUGGCCCACAUUUGCCCAGUCACAGAGAACAUUGAGCAAAAUCUACCCAAACAGGGCAAAGUUGGCCGUUUUCGGGCCAGAAUAGCGCCCGGGCAUAACAAAAUGUGCUCCAAUUCUAAACUUUCCAAGGAAUCUAUAAAGGAUAAACCACAGACUCCGCCAACGAAUGUCCAACCUCACGGCCAUCAUCACACAAAGAAUGUUAACCAUCACCAAUGUUGUGGUGCAUUUGGCAACCCUCAUGUUAGACACAAAUCCAGUAAUGCUAGCUGCCAUUUGAUUUAGAGAGAAAGAAACUAUUUUAAAAGAUGUACAAACUAUCGUAAAAAUAUGAAGAAAAUAAAUAUACACGAGAAAAAAAGAGCGUGUGUGAAAAAAGUGAAACUUCUUUGGCAAUAUUCAAAGACACCAAAAUCAUAAGACAUAAAGAAGUUUCACAUCAAAAAAGUGAGAUUUCAACCUGGAUUCAACUCUCGAUAUUUUAUGUAGGUUACCGCUCUGAAUAUCAACUGCGUAGUAAAAAAUGAAAUCUGUAAAUGUCUAUAGGUUGGUAAAAUGUUAAAAUUCCGUGAAGAAUUGCAGCUUACAGCUAGAGAUGAAAUUAAAUAAAAUAAUCUUCAAUUUACAGAAACAGUGAUCGAACAAUAAUACCUCGUGUACAAAAAAUAAGCUACACAAUUUUUUUUAACAUUUUUUGUACAAUUUUUUCUAAUG